AAGUGAAAGUAAAUUGAAAGUAGCUGCUGCUGUUUCUCAGCAGCUGCAGAGUUUACUGUAAGUCACAGGGUGAUGGGCUGAGGGGGAGGUCUGUAUAUAAAGACUGAGACGCUGCGCAACACAAAAACAUGGAUCUGACGGAACAACAGAAAACCGUGAGCUCUCCAGACCCUCCAGGAAACCYUGAACYCUGUGACACUGAGAAUAAGGAGCCAUGGCUAAAUGACAACAGUGCCACAGAAGGAGAGAAGGAAAAAGCAGGAAUGCCAGCUGACAUGAAACAUGAGAAACAGACUAGCCCUAAUGGAGAAACCUCASAUGAGGAAUUUGAAUUGAUUGACUCAGUGGGUGAUGAAGAGACUGGGGCAGGACAUGAAGGUACAAAAGACUCAGAAAGUCCUGGACAAUCAGCACCUUCAUCAGUUCAGUCACAAAAUGAAUCACAGCUGGCAAGUUCUUUCUGGGAUAUAUUUAAAGGUGAAUGGUGGCCCAAAGUAAAGAUCUUCCCAUUCAUCUCUGGUGAGACAUUUGGUGCCUAUGAGGCAAUAAUGGAAAAAGUGAAGAAUAACGAAAACUACUGGCUAAACUACUGGCUAAGCUACUGGCUAAGCUACCUGCCAAACGUCUUGCCAAGCCCCUGGCUGGCCCCUACAUUUGAGGUAAAACAAAGUCCAGAGGAAUCUUCGGUCAUCAUUGUUUUUUGUCCAAUCACCUCACGCGUUGGGUCAGAUGUGGAAUCAGCAAUGAUAAAUCCACAAGUCUCAUCGCUGGAUAAACCAGUGAUUCUGGUUCUGAUGCAUCACACCAGAGAUCCUGACUAUUCAACUGCAGGAACAAAAUGGUCAGACAUGUAUAAAAAUGUUAAACUGGAUGUUCAUGUUCUCUUCCAUGAGACAAUACCAGGAUUACUGACUUGUCAACAAAACAAUCAGGCAAUCAAAGCCAUCGAGAAAAAGCUAUAUUACUACAUUUUUUGGCCUUUUGUUUCCUCUUAUCUCAACAAGAGCAGUCAUACCCCAUCCCAGAAUGUUAACUGUAGAAAAGAGACAAAUGUGUGAUUCUGCCCCAAACAGUUCAAUUUUUCAGUUGCUUUGAGUUGUUUUUCAGUCUCAUGUCACUGUGCCUGUUAAAAUAAAGCAAAGACAUCAUUUGUUUGGUGCUUGCAACAAAUGUGAUAAUGUAAAAAAAAUUUUGAAUGUAAAAAACAAAACAAGUUAAUAAUAGUAUUAACCAGUUUUUAUACCAUAUUUAAAGCUUUGAACCGCUUGUGCAAAAGUUGUUGUAUCUUCAAUAAGUGACAUUUUAAUAUCUGUGAGAAAUAUCUAGGAAAGGCCAACAGGACCUCUGCUUAAUUUAUGUUUCCCUUUUAUUUGUGUCUGUUAUGAGUGCCAAGAAGCUUAGUUUUUAAAGAGUAAUUA